AUGUUUGUUCACUUUAAGUCACUUGUAUUUGAACUAUCAAAACAAAAUCAAACCUUAUCAAUAACCAAAUCAUUCCAUGCUUUACUCAUCAAAACCUGCAUUUUCCAUGACCCAUUUUACUCUACUAAAAUCAUAAGACAUUAUGCUAACAAUAAUGAUAUCGUCUCUGCCCACAACCUGUUUGAUGAAAUGCCUCACAGAACUGUCUAUCUUUGGAACUCCAUUAUUAGAGCUUAUGCUCAAACCCAUCAUUUUCUUGAUGGGUUCACACUGUUUAAACAAAUGUUAGCUUCAGAAAUAAAGCCUGAUAAUUUCACAUUUGCUUGCGUUUUACGUGCUUGUUCCGAAAGACUUGAUCUUGAUGCUCUUAAGGUUGUGCAUGGUCAACUUAUUGCUUCUGAUAUGGGACUGGACUCGAUUUGUGGUAGUGCGUUAGUGUCGGCUUAUUCCAAACUUGCCCGAAUUGAUGACGCUAGAAUGGUGUUUGAUAGGUUAAACGAACGCGACUUGGUUUUAUAUAACACGAUGAUUUCGGGAUAUGGAAGUUGUGGGUAUUGGAUGAAGGGGUUACAUUUGUUUAUAGUAAUGAGAAGAAUGGGGGACCAGCCCGAUGGAUAUACCGUGGUAGGAUUGUUAUCGGGUUUGACAUAUUCUAGCUUGCUGGAGAUUGGCCAGGAAAUUCAUGGGUAUUGUUUGAGAAACGGGUUUGAUUCUAAUGCACAUGUAAGUAGUAUGCUUGUUAGUAUGUACUCGAGAUGUAGUUGUAUGCAUUCGGCUUGUAAAGUUUUUGAUGGUUUAAUGCAGCCUGAUUUAGUAACAUGGUCUGCUUUGAUAUCCGGUUUUUCACAGUCUGGGGAGUAUCGUAAUGCCUUGGUUUCUUUCAGGGAAAUGAACGUUGAAGGAAGAAAGCCGGAUUCCAUACUGAUUGCUACUUUACUGGCUGUUACUGCACAGAUGGUAGUUUUGUCACGAGGUGUUGAGAUACAUGGUUAUGCCAUUCGCCAUAAUCUACACACAGAAAUAAUGGUAUCUUCUGCAUUGGUAGACAUGUAUUCAAAAUGCGGUUUCUUGGAUUUGGGGAUCAAGGUUUUUGAGCAGAUGCCGAAGAGAAACAUUGUUUCUUACAAUUCGAUUAUAGCAAGUCUUGGUUUGUACGGACAUGCAUCCUGGGCUUUUGAAGUGUUUAGAGAGGUUCUUGAAAAAGGGUUAAAACCGGAUGAAUCUACUUUUUCUGCUCUACUAUCUGCUUGCUGUCAUGGUGGUCUUGUUAAAGAAGGUCGGGAGUUUCUUAGGAGAAUGGAUGUUGAUUUUGGCAUCAAAGCAAAAACCGAGCAUUAUGUUCACUUUGUGAAACUUAUUGGUAUGGCUGGGGAGUUGGAAGAGGCUUAUAAACUGGUUGAUUCUUUAGGAGGCCAUGUGGAUUCUGGCAUCUGGGGUGCACUUCUUUCUUGCUGUGAUGUACAUAAUGAUUCAAAAAUGGCAGAACUCGUAGCUCAGCGUCUAUUUGACAAUAAGCCAGAUAAAAGUACCUAUAAAGUUACUCUUUCCAACUUGCAUGCUGGAAAUGGGAGGUGGGACGAUGUGAAAAACUUAAGGGAUGAAUUAGAUGAUGUGGGAAACAAGAAAAUUCGUGGGACUAGCUGGAUCGAGAUAUAACAGGUACUAGAUCUCUUUAAGGAUUUGGAAAUCAUGGAUUCAACUUAUGAAGACAGUCGACUUGUAAGAAAGCUUAUGAGCGUAGAUGCACCACAUGUCACCUAGAACAGGGUAACUAGCUUUGAUGUCAUAGUAUUGAUUAUUUAACUAAUCAUACAUCAGCAGUUCUACCUUGGUUUUUUUCUUUUGUGUGAGUAGAGCUGAAAGUUGAACAUACUUCUGUGCGAAAGAACAUUGUAUCACACUUAACAAUGUCGGUUUCCAUGUGCCUAGAUUUCACACCAUUUGAGCCGAAAGUGCCAUCUCUUGAGUUUAUCGAAUUAUCAGUCCUUACAUCAGUUAUUGCUUGA